GUGCCCUCCCGGCCAGUUCCCGUUCCGGGCCGGGGCGCGGCUGCAACCGCCCAGCGUUUCCCGCAGCGGCUGGUGUCGUGAGCUCCCAGGCGCCCCCGGGUCUCCGCGCGUCCCCCGCCCACCCCACCUCGCGGCUCCCGGGUCUCCGCGCCCCUCCGGCCUCGCCGCUCCCGGGUCUCCGCGCCCCCCCUCCCCCGCCCUCGCCGCUCCCGGGUCUCCGCGCCCCCCCGGCCUCGCCGCUCCUGGGUCUCCGCGCCCCCCCCCCCCCCGCCCUCGCCGCUCCCGGGUCUCCGCGCCCCCCGCUCCCCCGGCCUCGCCCCUCCGGGUCUCCGCGCUCCCCCCGGCUCGCCGCUCCCGGGUCUCCGCGCUCCCCCGCACACCUGGCUCUCGCUCAGGUUCCCAGCUGUUGUGAAGUCUUCACACGUGGAGCUCAAAUUCCAGAGAGAAACUGGAAGUUGAAGAUUUAAGGAGAGAAUGUUGUUCUCAAAUAUUCUGACUGACUUCAAAGAAUAAUGCCAGAAACUUAAAAAGGGGCAGCACUGAGAGAGAGGCGGGCGCCCUGGAUCCUGAUUGGCCUACUGCCGGGAAGAUACAUGUAGCCGAAGAUGAAUUUGGGCAAAGUAGCCGCUUGCUCCUUUAGCCAUGGACAAGCAGGGCCACGGUGAGAUGGGAAUCAUUCCGUCAGACUCUCACUCCCAUGUUAAAUUGUUGAAAAUCAACCGGGAGCUUCUGGUCACUCAUAUCCGCAACACCCAGUGUCUGGUGGACAACUUGCUGAAGAAUGACUACUUCUCGUCUGAAGAUGCGGAGAUCGUGUGCGCUUGCCCCACGCAGCCUGACAAGGUCCGCAAAAUUCUGGACCUGGUACAGAGCAAGGGUGAGGAGGUGUCCGAGUUCUUCCUCUACGUGCUCCAGCAGCUCGCAGAUGCUUACGUGGAUCUCAGGCCUUGGCUGUCAGAGAUUGGCUUCUGCCCCUCCGAGCUCAUUCAGAGCAAAGCUGUUGUCAACACAGACCCAGUGAGCAGGUACACCCAGAAGCUGCGACAGCAACUGGGCCUCGACUCCAAGUUCAUCCUGUGCUACGCCCAGAAGGAGGAGCUGCUGCUGGAGGAGAUGUACACGGACACCAUCGUGGAGCUGGUGGGCUUCCGGAACGAGAGCCUGGGCCGGCUGGGCAGCCUGGCCUGCCUGCUGGACCACUCCACCGGCGUCCUCAGCGAGCAGGGAGAGACCAUCUUCAUCUUCGGGGACGCCGGCGUGGGCAAGUCCAUGCUGCUGCAGCGGCUGCAGGGCCUAUGGGCCGCGGGGCUGCUGGACGCCGAGUUCAAGUUCUUCUUCCACUUCCGCUGCCGAGUGUUCAGCUGCUUCAAGGAGGACGACACGCUGUGCCUUCAGGACCUGCUCUUCAAGCAUUACUGCUACCCGGAGCAGGACCCGGAUGAGGUGUUCGCCUUCCUGCUGCGCUUCCCCCACACGGCCCUCUUCACCUUCGACGGCCUGGACGAGCUGCACUCGGACUUCGACCUGAGCAGUGUGCCCGACACCUCCUGCCCCUGGGAGCCCGCCCACCCCCUGGCCCUGCUGGCCAGCCUGCUCAGCGGGAAGCUGCUCAAGGGCGCCACCAAGCUGCUCACCGCCCGCACGGGCAUCGAGAUCCCGCGCCAGCUCCUGCGCAAGAAGGUAUUUCUGCGGGGCUUCUCGCCCAGCCACCUGCGGGACUACACCCAGAGGGUGUUCCCCGACCCGGCCGUGCGGGACCGCCUGCUGGCGCAGCUGGAGGCCAACCCCAACCUCUGCAGCCUGUGCGCCGUGCCGCUCUUCUGCUGGAUCAUCUGCCGCGGUUUCCAGCACUUCCACAGUGUCUUGGACGGCUCCACGCAGCUGCCCGACCGCAUGGUGACCCUGACGGACGUCUUCCUGCUGGUCACCGAAGUCCACCUGAACAGGACGCAGCCCACCAGCCUGGUCCAGCGGAACACGCGCAGCCAGACGGAGACCUUCCGCGCGGGCCAGGGCGCCUUGCGCUCGCUGGGGCGCGUGGCGCACCAGGGCAUGGAGAGGAGCCUCUUUGUCUUCAGCCAGGAGGACGUGCGGGCCGCCGAGGUGCAGGAUGGAGAGCUGCAGCUGGGCUUCCUGCGGGCCGUGCCAGAGCAGGGCCUCGCGGGCGACCAGCAGGCCUAUGAGUUUUUCCAUGUCACCCUCCAGGCCUUCUUUACAGCCUUCUUUCUCGUGGCGGACGACAAAGUAGGCACGCGACAGCUGCUGCGGUUCUUCCAGGAGUGCGCGCCCCCUGGCGUGGCGGCCCCCGAGCCCGGCUUCCCCUCCUUCCUCCCGGUGCGGUGCCUGAAGGGCAGCGGCCUGGCGGGGGAAGACCCCUUCAAGAACAAGGAUCACUUUCAGUUCACCAACCUCUUCCUGUGCGGGCUCUUGUCCAAGGCCAAGCAGAAACUCCUGCGGCACCUGGUGCCCGCCGCGGUCCUGCGGCGAAAGCGCAGGGCCCUGUGGGCGCACCUGUUUGCCAGCACGCGGGGCUACCUGAAGAGCCUGCCCCGCCUGCAGGCCGGGGGCUUCAGCCAGGUGCAGGCCAUGCCCACCUUCAUCUGGAUGCUGCGCUGCAUCUACGAGACGCAGAGCGAGAAGGUGGGGCGGCUGGCGGCCAAGGGCAUCUGCGCCGACUACCUCAAGCUGACCUACUGCAACGCCUGCUCGGCCGACUGCAGCGCCCUCUCCUUCGUCCUGCACCACUUACGCAAGCGGCUGGCCCUGGACCUGGACAACAAUAACCUCAACGACUACGGCGUGCGGGAGCUGCAGCCCUGCCUCAGCCGCCUCACCGUCAUCAGACUCAGCGUAAACCAGAUCACUGACAGCGGGGUAAAGGUGCUAUAUGAAGAGCUGACCAAAUACAAAAUUCUGACCUUUUUAGGCCUGUAUAACAACCAGAUCACCGAUGUCGGAGCCAGGUACAUCGCCAGAAUCCUAGACGAGUGCAAAGGCCUCACGCACCUGAAACUGGGAGAGAACAAGAUAACGAGCGAAGGAGGAAAGUGCCUCGCCCUGGCUGUGAAGAACAGCAGAUCGAUCUUUGAAGUCGGGAUGUGGGGCAACAGAAUCGGUGACGAAGGAGCAAAGGCCUUUGCAGAGGCUCUGAGGAACCACCCCAGCCUGACCAACCUGAGUCUUGCAUUCAACGGCAUCUCUACCGAAGGAGGGAAGAGCCUCGCCCAGGCCCUGCAGCAGAACACCUCUCUGAGAAUAUUCUGGCUCACCAAAAAUGAACUCGACGAUGAAGUGGCAGAAAGCCUGGCAGAGAUGUUGAAAGUCAACCAGACGUUGAAGCAUUUAUGGCUUAUCCAGAACCAGAUCACAGCCAAGGGGAUUGCUCAGCUGGCAGAUGCUUUACAGAGGAACACUGGCAUAAUGGAGAUCUGCCUAAAUGGAAACUUGAUAAACCCAGAGGAGGCCAAAGUCUUCGAGGAUGAGAAGCGGAUUGUCUGCUUCUGAGAGGCCGCUUCUGUGUACAGGGUGUAGGCCCUGGGAGGUGCGCUACAGCCAUUCGUCCCUCUCGGAGUCUCAGAGGACCCUGCUGCCUUGAUGACAGGCACGAGCUUCCCUGGGCAGCUCUUACAGUUUUGUAGGGCAUGAGCUGCCUGGUGGGCCGCCAUUUUACUUACUGUAAAUACACUAUGAAGAGACCUGAUGCACAUGUAGGAUUGUUUUUAUCGGACAUUAGAAUGAGACUUAAGCUCAAAUGCCUGCCCUGAGGACCAGGGAGGUGAGUUGGUCAUGGUGUCUUCAUGGAAGGGCUGAGGACAUGGUACAGAGUUAGUGCCAAGCUUCUCAGAGGAAAGGUGCUCACCGACCAAGUGUUUUACCUGGAAUAUUCUCUUCCUCAGUACUGCCCCACAGGUUGACGGUCUGCUCACUUCACAGCUGUAGAUACUGAGGUCUGUGCAGUGUUGGGAUUUGAUGCAUCCAAGGUUUUGCCGAGGCUCCUCGUAGGCUUUUGUUUUAGUCCUCGAGUCUCACUGUCUGCUGACAGAGAUGGCUGGGUGCCCUCUUAGCAGAUCUAAGGGAAAAGAGUGGUGUCUUCAUAAUGUUGAGUUUUCGUGCAGGGCUUUCUCACCCUCGGCUCACCUCCUCGGGACGUGUUCUACCCCAGGAAGAAGAACCCGUGCCCCUCCUCCAAAAGGAAUAAGGCCUGGCUUGCCUUUGUGGCCCUGGCACUCACACAGAAGCUUCUGUCUCUCUCUCCCUGUCUUGAGGAGGGGAGUUCUCUCCCAGCCCGGGAGUCGUUGGGGGAUAACUGAACUGGAUGAAGGCUGAGGGGGCUGCUGAGAACCCAGCUAGCAGAACAGGUCAGACACCGACCAUCAUGGCGGCCAUGUGCCGAUUAGACACCAUGAUGGCAGCUGCAUGUUAAAUGGGGGGGGGGGGGGGGGGGGGGGGGGGGGGGGGGGAGGAGUUGAUAUUACCAGAUAACUUGUUCUUUUGCCAACUUAUUUGUUAAUAAAAUACUGAAAACGCUA